AUGGGGGAAGCUUUCCUGGGCUAUCAUCUUCCACAAAUUGAUGGGAAUUCAUGUGGCUCAACAGCAGGCUCAGCACCUCUGGCUCCCUCUCUUGUUGAGGAAGAGGCUGAAGAGGAGCAGAAGGACAUCAAGCCUCCAGCUGCAGCCCCUCCACAGCCAGAACCUGCAGAGCCACCCCAGCUGAGAGAGGAGCAGAGCCUGAAGAGCCUGAGGAGCAUUGUGAGUGUGGGCCAGCCAACCAAGAAAUACACGGCAUUUGAAGAACUUGGACGAGGGGGAUUUGGAGCUGUUCAUAACGCCCUGGAUGCCAGCACAGGACAACAGGUGGCCAUCAAGAAAAUGAGCCUUCAAGAGGGGAUGUCCGAGGAGCUGGCUGUCAAUGAAAUCCUGGCCAUGAGGGACAACAGGAAUGCCAAUAUUGUUACCUUCUUAGACAGCUACCUGGUUGAUGGGGAACUCUGGCUGGCAAUGGAGUUCAUGGAUGGUGGCACCUUGUCAGAUGUGCUCAGGGCAGUGUACCUGGAGGAAGGACAGGUCGGUGCUGUCUCUCGGGAGUGCCUGCAAGGACUGCAUUUCCUUCAUUACCGCCAAGUCAUCCACAGAGACGUCAAAAGCAGCAACAUUCUCGUGGGCCUGGACGGAUCUGUGAAACUGGCUGACUUUGGCCUCUGUGCUCAGCUCAGCCCUGAGCGCAGCAAGCGCAGCUCCAGGGUGGGCACUCCCAGCUGGAUGGUGCCAGAAGUGGUGAGAGGCGAAGCCUACGGCCCCAAAGUGGACAUCUGGUCGCUGGGGAUCGUGGGGCUGGAAAUCGUGGAAGGGGAAGCUCCUUACCAGAGGGAAGCCCGUCUGAGGGUGUUAGAACUGAUCGAAAGGAAUGGGCCCCCAAAGCUGCAGAACCCCAGGCACCACUCGCCUCUCCUGCGCGACUUCCUCCGGUGCUGCCUGCAGGCAGACGAGGACAGGCGCUGGUCUGCCCAGGAACUCCUGCAGGUAAGAAAAAGCAAAGCGGCACAAAGGCCCCAUCCAUUUGUGACCUCAGGCCAUCCUGCCUCCAGCCUGGCUGCUCUGAUCCUCUCAGCCAAGCAAGUGCAGGAAGAGUGGACAGGAGACACCUGCGCCUGA